CGGAUGUUUCGGAUCGGAUCGGAUUGACCUUGUUUAUGAUGUUACAAAUGAGGAUUGUUUAUCUUAAUCAUGUGAAAUUUUGUUCACGAUUACGUUGAUUGUUUAUAACAUGCAAUGUAUGACGCGAAUCUUAAAACUAUACAAUGGCAAACUUCAUGGGAAACAAGCAGCAAAUCUCUGUCAACCCAUAACCGUAGCAGUUGUAUUUUAACUAAAACUCUCAACUAGACACGUGCCAGUUUACUUUACUUUAUUUUUUUUCUUUUUGUUUUUCUUUGAGAAGAGAUAACUUACCUUACGUAAGAUAGGGUGUACUAUGAGUGGACUUAAGUUAACUACAGUUGCUUUUCAAAAAAAAAAAAAAAAAAAAAAAAAAAAAAAAAAAACUAGAGUUAGCUACUUCAUUAUCAGAAGUUAAAGUUAUCAGACAGAAAAGAAACACACCCCAAUACUUUCCUCCUCUCUUCCCUAAGUAAUAUUUUCAUUUCCCACCAUGGAACCCAACCAAGAAGUGCCUUACCCUCCUGGGUUCUUCCCGGCUACGGCCACUAAUAACGUCAAACACUGUUUCAAGUACAACACGAACACUGAACAAGAAAUGAACUUCAAUGAUUUUGUCUAUUUUCAUAGUCAAAAUGGAAACUUGACCUUGCAUGAGGUGGAGUAUGAUAUUCCGAAGAAAAUUGUUGCCAACCCUAAAGAAGAGCAACACCGUAUGGACAAAUUGAUGAUGGUCAAUGAGGCUGGUGAGAUUUUUCCGGCGCACUUACCCAACAUUGCUGACAUUGUUGGUAAGCCGGAGGUGCAAGCUGCCAUUCGUGAGCUGGAAAAGGAUGAUGUUGUGGAGUAUGAGGGUACUACAAAAAUAAUUCCAAAAUUGUUGGUAGACAAGAUGGAUCCGAAGCCAAUUAUACCCACGAGUGGCCCUGUUUACUCCCUUGGAUUGGCUGGCUUCAUCACGGAUUUUGGGAGCUACACCGAUGAUGUUAUUUUCCUGCAGAAUGUUCCUGUUGACUUUGCUAACAAUUGGUUAAGCAACUGUGGUGAUUCAACUAAUGUGCUGCUUCAAAACUCUGAUGAGCAAAUCGCUGCGAAGCUGAAAGUUGUGAAGAAGGAUGGUCUCAUUACCAAGUGUGAACUAAGUGGUGUUAGGGAAUUUACUGAUCGGUACAAUGUUCAGGUAGAAGAAGGUGCAUUGAUUAAGUUUCAACACGGACAUCCUGCAGUGUUUGUUGUAGAACUUGUCUUAGUGUGAGCCACUAAAGAUGAUCAACUGUUUCAGCUUUUAGGACGUAAUUAAAGUAGAAUGAUGAUUAGAAUGCAGUUUUAGUUUCUGUACUGUUGGCUUUAUUAUGAUUGAAUGCAGUUUCAGUUGUUUAUUUUUUUUCUUUUGUUAAUUUUGGAUCAAAUUUUUUUUUUUUUUUUUGAGUGGUUAUUUAUGCAUAUAUAUUAUGUUGAUUGUUAAUUGUUCAAAUUAAUGGGAUAUUUUAAACUAUGGCAUUAGAGUUUUAAUAAAACCAACAUUAAAAAAAACUAAUUCUCUUUAAUUAAAACCAAAUAAAAAAUAAAGUGAACCGAACGGGUUCAAAGGAAUAUAAAAAAUAAAUAAUAUCCUUUCAAAUCAAUAACAUUAGCUAGUUUAGGAAUUAAAUU